UCUUUGGAAGCUUUACUAACUAUCUGUGCCUCACACGGUUAAUCUGUGCAUGUUUGUUAUCUGAGACCCCAAGUAAUAAGAAUAUAUGGCUUUUUCCGCGCGAGUGGAAUGCUGGUUUAAGUCUUUAAAGUGCGUGGGGGUGAUGAGUUAGUGGCACAACAUUGUAAACACCUAAAAAAAAAGAAUAGCAUCAUUUUUCUGGUUUGUGUUUGUAGUAAUGGAGGCAACGGAAUUUUGGGAAACACUUAUUCCGUCAUUGUACGUAACCAUAACGAAAUGUUAUAGUGUUGUAAAGAAGCAUAUAUCCAGAUGUGAGUAUGGUUUUUCAGACGAUUUGGAUCAAAUUAACCUGUAACUCACAGGUGGACUCGUAUUUUAUUCCCAGGUGUAAGUUAGGAAGUCAGGAAGAGAUGAACUUCCAGUUUUGUGUACGGCCGUAUUAAAUUGUAAUGUACUCGAUUCUGACGCAAGCAAAGUGGUUGCACGUUUUGUGCCUUGUACUCGGUUAAUUGUUGGUGUUUCAGAUGAAAGUGGUAAAUUGACGUUUUGGAUCAUAUGGGCAUUGAUUCGAUACAUCCAACUAUCAGUAAACUUUCUCGUAAUAUCAGUAGAAACGAGACGGGAGAAUUGGUUUUGAUUUCUUAAGAACAUUUUACAUCGAAUGUUUGUAAUAUAAAACACAGUGAUGAUAUUGUUUAACAAAUGAAGUGUGGCGUGAUAGAGAAAGUGAAAAUAGUAAUAUUGUAAUUGAAUUCAAUAUUUCAUGUCACAUGAAACCAAGUACUUCAUUGUGUGAUCGUUUUUCGACCAUACUGACAGGUUCUGGUGUAGAAAUUGUUAUUUGUACAUCUCAUGGCGAAGUCUUGGAAUUCUGUGAUCGUAAGAUCGUCGGCAUCUGCCCCAUCUCAUGCUUCAAUCCAAAGAGUAUAACAAUUUUCACAUCAUAUGACUUUCAGUGCAACAUAUUUUACAUUAUUAGAUCUGAGAAUGGAAUUAUAAUUUUGUCUAGGAAAAGAGGAUUGAAGGUUGUGAAGCGAUACGAAGAUGUGGAGAGGGUCAUGGUGAGUGACUUCUCGAAUGUUGGGUUUCCUCAACUAGGGAUCUGGACAAAGAAUUCCAAGGAAUCUGUAACUCCAGACAAAAUUUUAGACCUCCAGGAAGGCAGUAAUACGUACUCCGAUGACUGUAGCAUCUCUAACAUUCUGCGUGAAAAGAACCAGGAACUGAGCUUGAAGAUUGAAGAAUAUGAACAUAAACUGAAAGUAAAGAAGCAUCUCAGGUUAUAUAACUCAGAAGUUACUGGUCAUGGAAAUAAACUUCCAUUUCCUUCAGACUCUAUGUUGGUGCUGUUGGGUAGUCAAAGUGGAUGUAGAGACCUUGAUCCAAAGGAACAUCUUGAAAGAGGUCCGUCAGUCAGAAUCGCAGAAACCUGGCAGAAAAUGCAUAAUGGAAAAUGGGUGGUUGGGAUCUCCAUAUGUAAUAAUGGAAAAAGCGACGUACUGGAUUUGCGGUUGAUACUGAAGUGUUCCAGUGAAGACAAAGUGACGUACACCACAAAGCUACUGAUGUGCAGCGGUGAAUACGAAUCGCCAUCUCCAUCUAAGCGACCUAGAACUUCUAGGGGCGUAGCUGCCUGGAACGAAGUUAUUGUCCUCAAACCUGAAGGGAAGGCUGUUCUUGUAGGAGUUCUGGAAGCACCAAAAUUUGUGGGAAAUGCCGUGGUUUCCCUAACUGGAGCAAUAAUGUACAAAGUUGACCAGGAAGAAGAUAAAGGUAAGCAGUAUCUUCCUUUUAUCUGUUGACAUGAAAAAUCAGAU